AUGUUGAGAUUUGCUCGAGUGGAUACUGGAACGGUAGGGCGUUUACCCCGAGCGACUGAUGACAGUGGAGGACGAUCAGAACUGUUCUGGCAAAAUGUCAGUGUCUGUCGGCGGGUAACAUAUGAGCUGACAGAAAAGGAUGCUGGACACACAGGUGUGAAUCAACUUGGAGGUGUGUUCGUUAAUGGACGACCACUUCCGGAUGCAACGCGUCAGAAAAUCGUGACUUUAGCCCAUCAAGGACGGCGGCCUUGUGAUAUCAGUCGGAUUUUGCAGGUUUCCAACGGGUGCGUCUCAAAAAUUUUGUGCAGGUACUACGAAUCUGGUACUAUACGACCGCGAGCGAUAGGUGGUUCGAAACCAAGGGUGGCAACAUCUGACGUAGUUGAGAAAAUUGAAGAGUACAAACGGGAUCAGCCUAGUAUUUUUGCAUGGGAAAUCAGAGAUAAGCUGUUAUCCGACAAUAUCUGUAACAACGAAACGAUACCUAGUGUUUCAUCCAUUAAUCGGGUUCUACGAAAUUUAGCAGCAAAGAAGGAGCAACACACAAUAAUGCAAACAGAAAUUUAUGAUAGAAUACGGAUAGUAGAAAACAAUUUUCCUUACAACUCCAGUUGGUAUAGUCAGUGGCCUCUUCAGAUGAACGGAGCAGUUGGGUUGAAUGCAUUUGUUCCGGCACCACAAUUAGAAACCAAGAAAGAAGAAAACGAGUAUAUAAAAGGUAAGGAAAGUUAG